GCUUAAAGUAAAACAAAAAAAUAUCAUGUAUCUUAAGUUAGUUUUGUUAUUGUUGGGCAUUUGUGGUACUUGGAGUGCUUCAAUAGGAUCAAAUGGUCAGGAUCAAAAGUCGGCCUCGAGUGACUUAGCCACGGCAGAAACUUCAGCCAAAUUUUUGAAUCUAUUUGGCACAGGUUCAGGCUAUCCCAAUUAUGGUUACAACUAUCGUCCCACGACUGGUUAUUACCCUGGAAAUAGUGGUUACUAUCCCAACUCUGGCUACUUUCCUGGCACAGGCAGUGCUUACUAUGGCAGCAAUAGUGGCUAUUAUGGCAGCAAUACGGGGAGCUACUAUCCAGGCAAUUCGGGCAAUUAUUAUCCCAGCUCGGGCAGCUAUUAUCCCUCGACAAAUAUUUUGGGUACUCAAGGUGCUUAUGGAGGCAUUGGAGGCUAUGGCGGAUACGGAGGCUAUGGAGGCUUAGUACGACCAACUUAUGGCUAAAAGAACUUGAACAAAUGUUACGCAUCGUCACGCAACAGCAACAACAACAACAACAACAGCAGCAACAACAACAGCAAACAGCAGCAACACAAAAGUCAACUCAGCCCGUUAAACUUAUCCAGAUAUGGGCUCUUAUGCAAUUUAUUACAUCGAGACAAACUUUAAGCACUCUACGCAUUUUUCUUUUGCCUUUACCCUUUUCCCAACAUUUUGGCCAAAAAAAAAAAAGACACAGAACUGCAAUUUUGAAGUUUAACUGCAUCCAUCAUCCACAUCGCAACCCGCAAAAUCCUCAUACAUAAACCACAACAGACACUAACACAAAUACACACACACACACACACACACACACACAUACGAACACACUCACCAACACAGAGAUGAUAGUACAUGCAAAAUGUCUUCUCUUGUCAUACUUUUGAGGGACCUUUUAAGCCAACUCAUGUUUAUGUUUUCAUCAUUUUCUCUCCCCGUGGCUCUUCUCUGGCCCAGCAGGUUUUGCCUGAAACAUGCACCUCCAUCCCUCAUCAGCAGUAGAACCACAAUAACAACACCAACAACAAUAUCUCCCCCUCUUUUAGCCACUUCAACAAUAUAGUAUAGUAUAAGCAUAUAUGGCUCGUAAAAGCGUUGAAGCGUUUUUUGUUAUCUUUUGUUUGUUGC